AUGGAGAGACAAUCAAGACAACGUAAUCUAGUCUUCUUUGGAUUGGAGGAACACGAAAAAUCCUACUCAAAUUUAGAAAACACUAUAGUAGACUUUGUACAUAAAUACUUCCCAAUACAAAUAGACCAUAAAGACUUACAAGCGAUCAGAAGAAUAGGGAAGAGGACUAAAAAGCCACGACCGAUAGUUAUUACUUUCACAACACUUGGUAAGAAGAUAGAUAUCUUAAAGGGCAAAGGAGCUUUAAAAGAAACACCGUAUUAUAUCAAAGAAGACUACCCUCAAUCAGUCUUGCAAAAAAGAAAAGAGCUACAGGAGCAAGUUAUAGCAGAAAGAGAGAAGGGUAAUAAAGCCAUUAUUAAAUACGACAAGCUUGUUCUACUAAAUAACUCAUCCAAAGACCCGAAAAACAAUAAAAGAAAUCUAUCAGAAUCUCCAGAGAAUAACACAAUCAACCAUGCCGGGCAGAUAUCUCAAGCAAACAAAAAGAACAAAACCUUGGCUGCCCACAUAAUCCAAAGGUCUUCAAGCUUUUCCGAAGGCGGAGUAAAACCGAGCAUACUAAACUAUCUAACAAACAAAAAUAACAAUAACAAGAAAACAAACACACAAGCCAACACCACAAAUAUAUAG